GGUCACGUGUAGAUAACGCCUAUUGAUAACUGGAUGCAUCCCCAAGGUCCGCCACACUUCCUCAAGGCUCUGCGCCUCACUCGUUUGCUAGGUAUCGGCGAUAAGCCGGGCCCAUGUCAUAAUCAUCCUUGUAUCCAAACACUGAACAUUUGCCUGCCACUUCACGUCCUCGUUCCGCCUGGAGACCGUCGCCCAGACAUCGAUUAACUAUUGCGUCGGCGCAAAUCGACAAAUCAACUACUUCGACCACGGAAACAAGGCAUUCUGAACUCGCAAAAUGGCUGUCAAGAACGUCAACGUAUUCGUCAGUACCUUUGCUGGAUUGGGCCUGCCAUCGACACUGGUAUUGCCCGUUCCCUCGACGACGACCCUAUGCGACCUGCGACAACAGCUUGACGAGCGACUGCCCGCCACAGAUAACCGCCUUAUCCUAACGACCAUUUCCAACAAAGAACUGUCAACGUCAUCCUCCAAGCCAGUAUCAGAUCUUCUGUCGUCUAUCGACGAUGACUUUGUUUCUCUGCGGCUCUCAGUACCGCUUUGCGGUGGCAAGGGUGGUUUCGGAUCCCAGCUUCGAGCCGCUGGCGGUCGCAUGUCCUCAAAGAAGAAGCGCAACCAAGGAGAUGCCAACAACUCGAGCCGAAACCUUGACGGCAGACGUUUGCGGACCGUCACCGAGGCCAAGGCUCUGGCUGAGUACCUCGCCAUCAAGCCAGAGAUGGAGAAGAAGGAAAAGGAGAAGCGUCGUGAAAGAUGGGAGCAGAUCGUCGAGCUUGCAGAGAAGCGCGAGGAUGAGAUCAAGAACGGCAGCAAAGGUCGCCUCGACGGAAAGUGGGUUGAGGACAAGGAAGAGUCCAACGAGAGAACCCGCGAAGCGGUACUUGCUGCCAUGAAAGCCGGAAAGUACAAGGACAACCUCCUUGGUACGUCGCAAGGAUCGACAGGAUCAGAGGAGACGGACGAGGAGAUGAGUGAGGAUGAGGAGGAGGAAGGCGGCAGCUCGAAGGAGUCAACCCCGCCGUCGGAACCGGCCAAGGCGCCCAAGGAUAAGCCAAGGACGUUCUUUGGAUUCGACGAGGACGAUGAGUUUAUGAGUUCUGACGAGGAUGAAGUUAAAGGCAAGAAGAAGUGAGUCGACGAAUCGCUUCCCCUCUCACAACCUCUUCACUGCUUUACUUCAAAUAUCUUCAUCACACGGCUUGGCUUGCGUAAGGAGUUCAACGACAAAUGGGAGCGCACGGAGUUUCUGGUCAGCCGGGUCAAGGGAACGGUAUCAAGGUCCAAGGUUUUGUACAAAUGAUCAAACGGGCGGACACUACAGA